CCUCACGUAUUUAAAUACCGUGUCGACCUAAAUCAACGCCUAAAUCGAGCAAGCAAAAGCUUCUUCAGGGAUCGGGGCGGACGAUACAGGUGUUGGAUCCAUAAGAGCUGCGGCCGGAGACAUGGGCGUGAUGGGCAGAGAAAGAGACGCGGAGGCCGAGCUGAACCUGCCGCCGGGGUUCCGGUUCCAUCCCACCGACGAGGAGCUCGUCGUCCACUACCUCUGCCGCAGGGCCGCCGGCCAGCGCCUCCCCGUGCCGAUCAUCCGCGAGGUCGAUCUCUACAAGUACGACCCCUGGGACCUUCCAGAGAUGGCGUUGUUCGGGCAGAGGGAAUGGUACUUUUUUACGCCGAGGGAUCGGAAGUACCCGAACGGCUCGAGGCCGAACAGGACAGCCGGAAGAGGGUACUGGAAAGCAACAGGGGCCGAUAAGCCCGUCUCGCCGCCGGGCAGUCGGCCUCUCGGGAUCAAGAAAGCUCUGGUGUUCUACCAAGGGAAGGCGCCCAAAGGAGUCAAGACCGAUUGGAUCAUGCAUGAGUACCGACUCGCCGACACCGAUCGAUCAGCGAACAAGAAGGGCAGCAGAAGGCUGGAUGAUUGGGUGCUCUGCCGCUUGUACAACAAGAAGAACAACUGGGAGAAGACGCAGCAGAAGAAAGCGGUGGCAGCAUCCUUUGGGAGAACAAUGGACUCCUUCGUGGCUACUGAUGACACGAGGUCAGAUAGUCUCUGGACUACAGAAUCAGAUAUAGAACACGAUGCGUCGCUCGAAUUCGGCGAUCCGUGUCAACCCGGAAGCAACCCAUCUCAGGCUUCUGUAGGACUUCAUCAUGGGAGAGCCGCCACUGUUAGUAGCAACUUUCAAAUUGUGGAAGGAAUGAAAGAAGAGGCUGAUGAUUGGUUCACGGACUUGAAUCUGGAUGAGUUCCAGGGUGCUUUGGCAGCAAUUGGACCUACCACAUCAGUUGCUGAUAUUUCAGACCAGGAUUACUACAGUUCAAUAUUAGGUUCUCCUUAUCUCAAUCAGAGCCAAAUCAACAUGCCACCAUUUUGGAGCUAAAGAGGGCCAAAUCAACAAGACCGUGUGUGUAUGUGUUAAUAUAGUAGUCGGAACUCUCAAGCACUUGGGGCUCAAAGCACCUUGAGAUAACAACUUCAAGUUGUAACAUGGCAGUAGCAUCAGAUUCAUUUGUUUGUUUGUAUUCUUCUCAUUUUAGAAGUGUAUCAGUAGGAGGAAAAAAAAGGCUGGUGAACAUGCAACAUCAGCCUGGUCAUAGAAUGUGUUUUACUUGCUGCUAAAAGAGUUGAUAACAUUACAAAGUUUAACUUUGGUUUAGUGUUAUCAACAGUGUAUAAGUUAAAUUGUUUCAUUUAUAUAGAAUGCUUAAUCAAAGACAA